AUGUCUUGUGUCCACUACAAGUUCUUCUCCAAGUUGAGCUAUGACACAGUCACCUUUGGCGGCCUCCACAUCUCCCUGUGCGACCUCAAGCGCCGGAUCAUGGGCCGUGAAAAGCUGAAGGCGGCCAACUGCGACCUGCAGAUCACCAACACCCAGACCAAAGAAGAAUACACAGAUGAUCAUGCCCUGAUUCCUAAGAACUCAUCGGUAAUUGUUAGAAGAAUCCCUGUGGGAGGAGUUAAAGCUACCAGCAAAACCUUUGUUCUAAGUCGAACUGAGCCAGUGAGUGGAACACCAAAAGCAGUAUGUAAAAACACCAUCUCAGACUUUUUUCUCCACACUGCACUUAAUUCUCAACAAUGCCUGCUGGUUAAAGAGUCAACGUCAAGAGAUGGCCCAGGAUGGCAGCAGGGCCAGCGGUGCUGCUUUCUGGAUCCUGUGGUGGCGGGUGACCAAGUGGAGAUGUACCGUGUGCUGGAGAGCGUCCUGCAGGGAGGUGAGAGCCAGCUGCAGAGUAACGCUGAGACCCGCCUGACAGCAAAGUCGCCCGGUGGCCGCAGAGCAGCCCAGGAAGUCUCUAGCAUUUCUACCCAGGAGGGAGAUGUCCAGAAAGGACUGUCCUUGUACCCUGCUGUCAGCCUUCAGCCUAGAGAAAGGUCUGGCAGUGGUGUAUGCUUCACGGUAACCUAA